GCUGCUGCAAGUCGUUACCGUUUUAGGAGCAGAACAAUGGCUGGAGGUUCUAACUUAAUUUGGGUUCCCUUCCUUCUCAUCUGUGUCUUCCCUGCGUCUGACAGCAGACACGUGCCGUAUAACGUGGGGGAGUUUGUCAAGAACACUGGAAACCCACAGCUGGACGACAUCCUCUCCAAGAUUACUAUACCCUUGCCAGAUGGAACUGAUUUCGACGAAGUAAAUGUAACGUCAAUAAAAAUCAGACUUUGCACUGGGGUUGAGGAAAGCUUGGAUUCCCUGAACAAGCAGCUUCGGGAAGCAAGUCGGCGUAACAGCCAGCUGGACGGGGAAGCCUUCGAGUUGAGGCGGGAGGUCAGGGAGCUGAAGCUGAAACUCUCCACCUGCAGUUUGGCUGUGUUGUCCGUCGCCGGCUCGUACCACACCCAGCUGCAGACCAAACUGAAGCAUCUGCUGGAGGUGAUUGACAGUGAGAACAUUCAAGUUUUGAAGAUCAUGGCUCUGACCAGGGAUGUUAGAUCUCUACGGAGGAAGUUUGAAUCCCUCGUUAACUCAAAUGGAAAUUCGACCGAGAUAACAGCUGUGCAAGCUGAACUGAGCGCAAAGACCGCCGAGCUGAACGCCAAGAAGCCACAAAUCAACAGGAACGAUGAAACUUUGGCAUUAAUCCUAGAGAUAAUCUCCUUGCAGAAUCAGAUCUGGGACCUACAGCAGACCGAACUGAGCAGCAAAACCGCUCUUACUGUCGAUGGACGACUUCUGGCGCUACAAGAGCUACUGGACAGGAAGCUCUCCGAGCUGCAACGCAAAGAAGACCCGAUCUCUAUUGUGCUGGAGCUGAUUUCUGUGCGCCAUAAAAUCACAACGAUGGAGAAAAGGGUUAAGAUCCUGACGGAGGGAUCCAAAUCUAAAAUCCUUGAUGCUCAGAGGGAAUUGAGGCAAAAGAUUGAGCAACUGAAGAGAGCGAUCGUGCUGCUCAGUGGACGGGAAAAUGACAAGAAUCUUACCAGGGAGAUCCUGAGGCUCCAGCUGGAGGUGGACCGAUUGGCAACGUUAGUUUCAACUUACGAAAAGACCCUGGAGCCCACCAUCACAGCCAUAACAGUGGAACUGGAGGUGAUGAAGCGAAGAGAGGUCAUUUUGCAGAAAUCGUUGGAGAGUACAGACCAGGCCAUCGCACAGCUGAUCAUGAAAGUAAUCAGCAUCAUGGAGGAGCUGACGGAGCACAAGGAGACGACAACCGGUGAACAGACUGAUAUUCUGACGCUCCUUCAAACCUACAAACUAGACUACUCCAAAGCUCUGAGUGAAAUAAAGAGCCUGAAGGAGCAGCUGCGUCAGACGCGUGAGCAAUGCUUGGGACUUGAGGAGCGAUACAUCGCGGUAAAGACUGAACUGGAACAAAGGAUAGCACAGCUAAACAGAACCGAAGACUCUGAAACUGCCCUUGUUGUGAGUAUAAUACACCUGCACAGUCAAAUCCAGGCUUUAAAGAAGGCAAUCGCAACAUCGCCAAGUGAAAAGGAGAUUUUAAGGCUGCAGAAGGAGCUGCUGCAGAAAGAGAAAGAACUAAAAGCCAAGACUGCAGACAUAGAAAGACUGAUCCCCAACUCACAGAUAAUUUUAAAUAUUAUUGAGCUGCAGAAUAACAUCUGGACCCUUCAGAGCAAGGAUACCAAUGAGACGACCAGUGAGAUAUCAGAGCUGCAACGGAGACUGGAAGGUCUGCUGAGUGAGAUAGACAGCAGAGACCAGGAAACCCUAAAACACAUGAUGACAGUCCUGACCCUGCAGAGCCAGGUGGAGUAUCUUCAGAAACAGCUGUCGGUGACUGAGGUUUUACAAUCCCACAGGAUUACCCAACUCAACAGAGAGCUUGAAAGCAAGCAGGCGCAGUUGCAAAACGUUUACUUGGAGAUGAAGGAGAAGAACCAGGAAAACGGCAAACUGUUGGUAAAAAUCUCUGUACUGCAAAGCCGGCUGAGAGAGUUCGAAAAGGAAAAGGAAAGUGAAGAAAAAAAAGCCGUUGUCACGGUAUACAAGCUGAAGGAACAACUGAAGAUUAAAGAAGAGGAGAACCAGGAACAGAAGAACUUAAUCACAACUCUGCAGAUCAGCUUGAACCAGACUCAAGCAGAGUGUUCUACAAAUGAGCAGCAAAUUCAAGACCUGCAGAAAAGUUUGGAAGCCAAGAUUGUGGAUCUCAAGAACAAAUCUGAUACAGUUACGUCUCUUGCUCUUCAAGUUUCUACACUGACUGUGCAGCUGGAAGAACUAAAGAAGAAGCAGCUGGGGAACUCUGUUUCCCAAACUAAAGUUGAAGAGCUUCAAAGAAUUAUUGACCAGAAAAGUGCAGAACUGGACAAAGUAACACAAGAACUGAAACAACGAAGCACCCAGUCCCAAAGACUUUUACAGAUUAUUGCCGUACAAGUGGAGAUCGAUCGAUUGGUAGCCGUGGCCUCAAACGAAUCAGAUUACACCAAGAUCCAAGGACUCCAAGAUCAUCUCAGUCACCUGAUAGAAGGAAUUCAGGACAAAGACAAUGAAAACACAAAGCUCACAUUUAAAAUUUUGACUCAAAAAGACGAAAUAGCCACGCUGAAGAAGGAGAUGGAGAGCCAACUGGGAGCGCAAGCUGAGAAAAUUAAAGAUCUGGAAAAUCAAUUGGAAUCGGUCAGAACUGAGAUAAAAAAGAAAACAAAUUUGCUGGAGACGUCAACCUUGAGAAUUGCGAAUCUGUCUGCUCAGAUUAUGGAACUGAAUGAGAAAAUCGUACCACUGCAGGAGGAAAUAAGAGACCUCAAUCAGACGUAUGCUGAAAACCUCGCAGAACUUCAAGAGAGACUCAAUUUUGCUCAGAAGAAACUGCAAAACACUGAAGCUCAGCUCCAGGAGGCAGACGCAAGGAAUUUUCAACUAGUAAUGGAUAUCGCCAAUCUGAGGGCUGAGCUGAAAAAAGCAAAGGAAGGAACUUCUAUAACUGCUAAGAAGAAAGUUGACGGUUUGUUAUUAUUUUUAUGCAGUAAUAUAGCAAAUACUUACUGUAGGGUGCCUUACAAAAGUAUUACUAGUAAAUUUGUUUUCACAUUUUGUCACAAACCUCUAUGUAUUUUAUUAUGAUUUUAUGUAAUAGAU